AACCGUCCCCACAACAAGAGGUUUUUUUUUUCCUCAAACUGAAGUUGAAGAACUAUGUUCGUGUAGAGUCUGAUACGCUUUAAGGGGACAUUUUAGCUCUGACUAACAGUAAAUGGCGCUGAGCUUUACGGCUUCUUUGGCUGUAACUUAUAACUAAAUAUAAGGUUACUGAAUGUUGCGCUUUCAAAUUUCGCGCUGUUCGCUCCGCCUUUAAAGAGAUUAGCCGGCUAGCUUGUUAGCUAGCGUUAGCCAUGUUACUUUGAACUGGAGCAGCAACGUUAAGUUAAGUAAGGAGGAUAUUCUCCUGUUUUGUAUAAGUAUGCUCUGAGUUUCUACAGACGUCUAUAAAAUGGAGGUGACGGACAUUGGCAACAAAGAGGAGGGGAAAGUCUGGCAUCGAAAACCAACAGCAGGCAAAAGUGUGUUAGUGACGGUGGUCCGCACUACUCACCAAGCCAAGACUGUGCGUUUCCUCCAUGUGGCCUUUGACACCACAGGAGACUCCUUCCUGGCUGGAGAUCACCAUGGCAACAUCUAUGUCUUUGACAUCACUAGAAACAGGUUUCGUCUGGUGCAGAAGACCGGACAGGCCUGCACUGCUCUGGCAUUUAGCCUCCGCAGGACCACAGAGUUCCUUGUGGCCCUGGCUGACUACACCAUCAAGUGCUUUGACAAAGACACAAAGCAGCUGGUCAGCUGGAUGCGGGGUCACGAGGGAGCAGUGUCAUCCAUUUCUGUCCACAGCUCAGGUCGCUAUGCCAUCACCACAUCCUCAGACACGGCUCAGCUCUGGGACCUGGACACCUUCCACAGGAAGAGGAAGCUCAACAUAAGACAGUCUGUUGGCAUUCAGAGGGUGUUUUUCCUGCCUCUCAGUAACACCAUCCUCAGCUGUUUCAGUGAUGACUCCAUCUUUGCUUGGGAGAGCGACACCCUGUUCUGCAAAUACCAGCUUCCUGUCCCUGACUGCGGUCCCAAAAUCUCCUAUAAGGCCUUCGCUGUCACACGUGACGGUAAGAGCCUUGCUGCUGGUGGGCGCUCCAACCUGCUGCACCUGUGGUGUCUGGACAGCAAACAGCUGGUCAGGGUGAUUCAGAUGCCCACGCAGGUCCGAACCGUGCGACAGCUGGAAUUCCUGCCCGACAGCUUUGACGGAGGAGCCAGCCAGACACUAGGUGUAUUGAGCCAGGAUGGCGUCAUGCGUUUCAUCAACAUUCAUAACUGCAAGCUGCUUUUCCACAUGGGUUCCCACGACGACGCCAUCACCACAGUGGCAGUCAGCCCUAACGGCCGACAUGUUGUGGCCAUCAUGGAUAAUGGCAGCAUCAACAUCUACAGUGUUCAGAGUCUCACACAGGAAUUAAACAAGCCUCCUCCCUCCCAGGUGGCAGUUGUCUCUGGUGGUGAAGCUGAUCAGGACUCGUCCAAUCUUAAGGUCAAGGUCAGAUCAGAGGUCAUUCAGAGACCAGCCAAGAGCUCGGGUAGACGAACACAGGUGAAGAUACUUAGACCCCCUGCUGGGUCUACAGCUGACGAUAAAGAGAAUGACCUACCUGCUGGUCUGAAUAAGAAGAGACUGGUGGCUAUGCUCAAGGCCUUUGGAGAAUAUCCUGCUAAAUACAGGAUGUUUGUAUGGCGGUCUUUGUUGUGUCUCCCCGAGAACCAUGCAGCUUACAGCAGUCUGACUGAUAAAGGCCUGCAUUCAGCCUACCUUACUCUGCACGAUAAAUACCCAAUAAAAAGUCACAAGCUGCAAAGGGGACUGCAGAGGGUUUUGUCUGCCUUAGCUCACUGGGCAGCCAUCUUUGGAGAGGCAGAGUACCUUCCUCUGAUAGCCUUCCCUUUCGUCAAGCUCUUCCAGAACAACCCGAUGCUGUGCUUUGAGGUGGUGGCCACUGUCAUAGUGAAUUGGUGUCAGCAUUGGUUCGAGUACUUCCCCAACCCUCCUCUGAACAUCCUGAGCAUGGUGGAGAAUGUUCUGGCUCAUCAUGACAAAGAGCUGCUGCAGCACCUGGUGGACUGUGGCAUCACCUCACAGCUCUAUGUGUGGCCCCUGCUGGAGACCUUGUUCUCAGAGGUUUUGACUCGUGAUGAGUGGCUCAGACUCUUUGACAACAUCUUCUCCAAUCAUCCUUCGUUCUUGCUCAUGGCCUGUGUGGCCUACAUCACCUGCUGCCGUGAGCCUCUUCUGCUCUGCUCCCAGAAACAGGACUUUGAGUAUUUUUUCCACCACCGUAACAACCUGGAUGUGGGAGCCAUGAUAAAGGAAGCCUACCGGCUCAUGGGCAGCACACCAGCUGACAUCCAUCCCAGAACUAUGCUCUCUGAUUUUACAGCACUGACCAAAGGCCAGUACCCUGUGUUCAACCACUACCCUGAAUUCAUAGUGGAGUACCAGAGCAGGGAGAGGGAGAAGAUACGACUGCAGGAGAUGGAGUAUCUCCGUGAGAGGCAGGAGGUGUCAGCCCUGCGUGCAGAUUUUGUGCGUCGCCAAGCUGAAGAGGAGGCCUACUAUGCACAACAGGAGCUGCUGCAGAAGGCAGAGGAGCAGCGCAGAAACAUCCUGGCACAAGAAGAGGAAAAACUAACACAGCAGAGAGCAAAGUUGGCAGCCAUGAAGAGAGAGCUGAAGGUGAAGGAGUUGCAGCUGCUGGAUGCAACUAAACGACGUUUCCUCAAACACCAGCAGGACCUGAGAGCCUCACAGGUCCGAAGACUAGAGCAGGAGAUCAGUAAAAAGAUGGAUCUGCGGGAGCGAGAAACAGCUGCUGCAGUCCAGGAUCUAGAAGUCCGACAGAUGGAGCUGGAGGCUCAGAGGAGACGACUUGAACAGCACCUGUUUAAGGAGCAGGAGCGCAUGGGACGGGAGGUUGAGGAAGAGGUGGAGAUGAGGAUGAGGAGGGCAGAAAGAGAGGAGGAGCGCUUCACGGAGCUGCUACAAAGCACAGAGACAAACAUGCAGGCCCUGGAGGAGUCCCUGGCGGAGGCGUGCCAGCUGGGCUUGGAGUCGGACUGGCAGAGAGAGGUGGCAGAGCGCCUGCAGCAGGUCGAUGCCGAGCAGGAGAGGAAGAGGGAGAGACUGGCAGAGCUUCACAGGCAAACUCUGGCAGAGGAGGAGAGACUGGCUGACACCCUGAGAGAUGUGGCAGGAAGGAAGUGGGAUGAAGUGAUGAGUACCAGAGCCCAGUUACAGGAGCAGCAACAGCCUUCAGCAGACACAGACGGUGAGAGACAGACGGGGGUGAGGUCACCUUGUUUGACCAAAGGACUUCCUCAGAGACCCAGUGCCACCUCUGUUGUUAAUGUUGGGACCAGUGCUGCAGGUCCAGCAGUCAGACUCGACUCUGCCCCCUCCCCAAAGCAGACAGGAGCCAACAUGGUGUGUCUGAACAGCAGCUCACCUUCAGAGAGCACCUCCACCAACUUUUCCCUGGACCGAGGCCGGGCCCAGCUGGACAGCAGCGAGAGACAGCUACUGAAGGAAAUCAGAGAACUGAGACAGAAGCUGGCGGCCAGAGCCAGAGAGGGCAGCUCAGCCUCCUCACAGUCUGUCCACACACUGUCCUCUGUCUCACAGUGACCACAAACUGUUCUCUGUCUCCGUAGUGUCAGAAAAACAUAUGUUUGUCUCAAUUGAGCUACACGGACAGAAACAGUGACUCAGACUGAGGAGCACACUGGCUAGCUGCUAUCUGUUAGUGCUUAUAUACCAUUCUUUAAACAACAGACUAUUAAAACAACCAGACUCAAACAUGUUAACUAUACAUCAUCAGCCACUGUCUCAUGAAAACCCAUGUCUUGUAAAGACUGUUCACCCCAUACAUAUUUUUCCUCUUGGCUGUAGCGCUGUUUAUCAAAUUAGAUUAUUUUGUUGUGAGCUGCAGUGUUAUAGUGAGAUAUUGCUCAUGGUGCUCAAAGCUCCAACAAACAACAAAAACACUCCAACAAACAACAAAAACACAUCUCUUUCCAGAAAUCAUGACCCACUUACUCAAGAUAACCCACAGACCUUGUUGUGAGCAAUUUCAUGUAGGACCUAUUUUCUUUCCACCAAACUGCACCCGCCAACCAUAUCACUGUGCAGAAGGAAGCAUGUAUCUACUAAUGGAUGAAAGGCUUGUGCUCCUGACACCACAAGAUGUAAACAAUAAUGGCACCCUUCUAAGCUGAGCUGUAACAUUGCAGUAGAUGUACGCCUCCUUCAGGGCAGUGAUAUGGUUGGCAGGUGUUGUAAAAUAGUUCCUACAUGAAACUGCUUACAACAAGAUCUGUACACCAGGUCAGGAUUUCUGGACAGAGACAUUAGUGUAUUUUUUUGGAGCUCUGAGCACCAAAACCGAGUGCCAUCUAGUUCCAUUAUACAUAUAUAGUAGGCACACAUCUCAACGACAACUCGCAUCAAAAAAAUCUAGAUAGAUAAAUAGCACCACAGGUAGGAGGAUUUUGGGGUGAACUAUCCUUUUAAGACUUUUUUUUGACUCUGUUUACUUCAUGUGAUGUGCACAUGAUUGUUCAGCUUGUGUCACCACUCUUAGAUCCAAGUCAUUUAUCAUUCAGUGGGUUCUCUAAGAAAGCAACAAACGUUUCAUUCAUUUAUACUCAGUUCUGUCUUUGGCCACUGCACACACAGACGAUGGCCAGGACCAUGAAACAGCUUAUUUUGUAUCAUCACAGUCCAUCUGAAGGUGAACAUCACUCUGUGUUACCACAGUGACAAACAUAACUGUAGGUACAAUGUCUGUUAGUUCAGUAGUGUCUACAGUGCAGUAUAACAUCUUGUAGCCAUGGUACACACAAACUAUUAUAUCUCCAAAUUCGUUGUCAUAGCAUCUUCCAUUUAAUGUUCAGUUUCCCACUUUAUAUUUAUGGUUGUUAUUUUGUAAAUAUUUUCACUGGUGCUCCAUUUUAAAUUUUUAUUCCUGUGAAUUUUAUAUGAUUUUGUGUUAUUUAAAACUGUGUUUGGAUAAAAUGUUUUUUAAAUAUCCUGAUUCAGCAUUCUGUUUCAUUCUGCCUUAGAUAUACAUGCAUUACAUCUCUUUAAUCUAGUAGUAGUAGUAGUAGUAUCAACCACACAAGAUAUGUUUAACAGUUUAAACCUUCGUUGUACAACAUGAGACUAAGAGCUUAUAAUCAAGCAUUUAAUAUUACAAUUACACAGAAAAUUAGGAUUUUCUGCAAAAUGUGGUAUUUGUUGUCAAAACUGAGAGCCAAUCAGCUCUUUGAUGAGGCGACAGUGAGGCAUUUCCCAUUAUGCUCUGGGUCUUGCAGUUGCAACAGUGGUGGGUUGAUGUU